CACUCUUUGUUGACAUUCGAGAUCCGGUUGAUCGUGAAAAUGAUUUUUUCGAAGCUGCUUCUAUAAAUAUCAACUCUUGAGAAAUAAUGGAUUGGGAAAAGAAAUUUACGUCAAUCAUUAACGAAUCAAAGGCGAAUUUAUCGAAAGUUAGGAACAAGUAUGAUGCAAAUGGAUCGAAAAAUGUUACAUGGGCCCCAAAAUUUUAUUCAACUCCAAUGAAAAGAAGUACUUCCCUAUUAGAGAUACCAAGUGGUUCACCUUCAGUCUACAACCAGAGUUUUCCUACUGAACUCUUCACUGGAACAGCAACAACCAGUACUGUCAUGCCAUACCCUUCUACAACCACCCUUCUUGAUAAAAUAGAACAACAAAAUAAUGCAAUAGAUCAUUUGAGAGGUAUUGUACACAGGCUGGAAACAGAUAGACACAAUUAUAAAGAACAAAUUAGAGAUCUAAGAAAUGAAAUAUUCCAGCUUACAGAGCGGGCAGGAGACAGACGACCUGACCCUGGUGUUGAACGACGUAUCGAACAAUUAAGGAGGGAAAUGUUAGGAGAAGUACAGUUACUACAAAGUCAGUUACAAAUAAGCUCUGCGAAGGGGAGUAGUUCUCAACUAUCAGACGCACAGUUAUUGUCAAUGAAUAGAGAUGUAAUAGAAAUAAAGCAUGCAUUCAGAGAUGAGCUUGAAGGUUUCCGUAGAGAUAUUGAAGUCAUGCGCUCCAGGAUUGCAAAAAUUGAGCUAGAACUUGCCAGUGUUUUAUCAGGGAGACGAGAGACUGAGCGUCGUCAGGAUGGUUUUGACAGGACGCUGAAUUCAUUGUCACUUGCUCAGAAAAAAUCUCAGUUACCAUCAUCUACUGUAUCAAUGAUAAACACAAACAGGCAGCUGGAGAAAAUGCAGAUAAAUGAGCUCAGGUGUACUUUAAGUGCAUUGAAGGACAAGAUUGAUAUUAUAGAACAAUCAUCUAGCCCUGUGUCAAGUCCAGUCAAAACUUCACCCAUAUCCAAGUCAGCAUUAUAUACCAAUGGAUUACCUCCUAUGAUGAAGCCCUAUGAGAAUGGAGUGUUAGAUGAUAUAGAUCUAUCUGAUGAUGCAAGUUCGGAGAGUUCAGAUUUUACUGAGUUUGAGCCUGGUACAGCUAAAGAUAAGAAGUUUACAAGACAACAUAAAAUUGAUGAUCUAGAUUCUGAUGACCUUGAUAUGGAUGACCUUGACCUUAGUGAUGAUGACCUUUCUGAGACAUCCUUGAAUGAUCAGGUUCCAAAUGAUCUCACAUGACCAAGAUAUUAAAUCUUUUUUUUUUUAAUCAGAUUUUUUUUAAAUCAGAUUUUUUUAACCCCUUAGUCAUUAGAAGUGCGAUUGUUUAUUUAUUUAUUUCUUAUUUUAUUUAGUAAAAAAUCAAUAUACAUUGAAAUGAUGACUUAUUAAAAUAUUAUAUUUGGCUAAGUUGUAGGAUAAGUUUUAAUUUUUCAACGUUUUGUAAUUUUCGAACAGAUGUUAUUGGUUGUAUAAAAAUCAAACGUUUCCAAUUAGUAUGUUAAUUUAUGAAGGGGAUUUGUUUUUAUAUGAGUGACUAGGAGACUUUUAAUAGUUUUUAAACUAACUGUUUUAACAGAUUAAUUUACUUACUUUAUCAUUUAAUAAGCAAUUAACAAAUACCAUGCUGUUGUUUAUAAUCCAGUAUAACACAAUAUAGAGGUUAGAUGCUUAUUCAUUUGUAUAAAUGGAGGACAUUUAAAGCAUGUGAAUAAGAACUCUUUUUUUAUAAAUGUUAACAUGUAAUUAAUUUUAAGUCAAUUAAAAUAUCACAGAUAGAAGUAUUUUUAAUUACAUUCAGCUGAAUUUUUUUAAAUCCUAUGUCAAAUUAUCAAUUAGAAAUAACGGUCAUAAAUUUUUUAUAUUAUAUUCAUUUUGGAGAGAAAUUCUUUUGAAAUCAUAAUUUAGAAAUUUUAUUGUAAAGAGUUUGAUUUGCUUCUAUUGUUUCAUCAGGAUAUACUAUACAAAUUUAUUCUGUAUAGUCAGAAAGUAUUUAGUUAUUUACUCCAUACUUCCAUUAUUUUUAUAAAUAAAAAAAAUUAUUUGUUUUUCAUUACUUAACUUUAAAUAUCAAUAUCCAAGAAAUAUUUAAAUUUCAACAAAAGAUUAGUGCCCAAUCUUGCUUAGUAUAUCAGAAACUGUUUAAAUAUGACUUUAUAUAUCAUCAACAUCUUCACAUUAAAAUAUAUUUUUAUACAAUUGCACACUUUUUUGGUUCAUAAAGUAUAUUUCAGAUGUAUGAGUUGAUCAAGACAAGGCUUACAUUAGGUCUUUUGUUUCUUUAGUCUAUCUGUAUGACUGAUUAAAAUUGACAUUUGAGCCGUGCCACGACAAAACCAACAUAGUGGGUUUGAGACCAGCAUGGAUCCAGACCAGCCUGCGCAUCCGUGCAGUCUGAUCAGGAUCCAUUCUGUUCGCUUACCAACUCUAUUACAAGUGGAGAAACUGACAGCGAACAGCAUUGAUCCUGAUCAGACUGCGCGGAUGCGCAUGCUGGUCGCAAAUGCACUAUGUUGGUUUUGUUGUGACGCAGCUCAUUUGUUUAACAUGGAGUAGUCUAGGCUAGAAGUAGAUUUACUUAUCAAGCAACUGUGAUAUUAUAUUUAUAAGAAUAUUUAUAUUUACAGAUAUAACAUGUUUGUCUAAUCAGUUAGAAUAAUGUUAUGUUAAAAGGGUACCAUAUAUGUCAGUUCCAUCAUUAAAGGCUGAAUGCUUCUAAAUUCAUGCUUAGUUUAAUGAUAAUUUAAAAAGUGUAAAAAAAAAACACAAGAAAUACUGUUAGGUAAACAAAUAAAGUGAGCUAAGCAAGUCUAAAGCAUUCACUGUCCUUUUAGACUACGUAUAAUGCAUAGAAAUGAAAAUAUAUGUCUUACUCCAUUAGUAAUGGGAGAGAAAUUAAGUAAAAAAGUAAAUACUGUCAGAUUUUAUAUAUUCAAAAGCAACAAUAAGGUUUGGAAAUAUUUAUAUAUUGCUUAAACAUUUCAUGCAGCCGUCAUAAAUUUGAAGUUUUUCAGAAAAAUUGUUGUGCCUAGCUUUAAAGCCUCAAACUUAGUCUUUAAAGUUUGAUGUUACUCUUUACUAAAUGUGCACAGUUUUUGAUAAAACUUUUCAGCAAUCAUAAGUUUUGAUGAUAUUUGAAAUUUCAUCUUAAUCAAACUAAAAAUAUAUAAAAUGUGCUAAGAAAUAUAUUAAGCAUUUUAGUCAGUAUUCCAUACUUAAAUGUACUAUAUACACAAGGUUUUAUGUUCUAAUGAAUAAAUUCUUAAUUUGAUGUACAUGUACAAUAUAGACAGUCUGAAGGUAAAUUAAAUUUUUCCUUAUAAAAAACUUGAGCCUUAUUUUUCAAGUAUUAAAUUCAAAUAUAUGCUCCAUUACUGUUUUACAAGUUCAAGAAUAGAACACCAUUCCUGUAUUUUUUUUAUUUUGAAUGAAAUGAUAAUGUAAUCAUAAAGGGUACAGUGAACUAGAUUGUAUGUAUUGUCCAUG